CUUCCACCAUUCGCACUCCCGAGGAUCGCCUUCGUCACUUCAAGCGGAUCCUUCCCCGUUCAGCCCUGUAUUUCCUCCACGAGGAACAGUUUCUUCAACAAGCUGCACAGUCGACGAUGAGGGUGAAGAAAUCUAAUAGACUCCCCCAGGACCAAGAUCCACAAGUUGCCCGUAGAGCGGUGCAAAAGGUGGUGGAACACAGUGACGCCCGCACUGCAACUUCUUCAGAAUCACCCGCUCAGGAGUUUGCCACCGAGGUUCAAAACUUGGCCAUUCAAAAGCCACGGAAGGGGAGAGAAGAAGCACCUUCCUGGUUCACUGCCCAGCCUUCAAAACUCAAUCCCGGGACGUUCCACAAACACAUCCAAGCUUUGGGUUUGAGUGGGGUGAACGUGACAUGCCCGGGCCCUCAUCAGAGUGCCAAUAGGCUCGGCGGAGCAUACUGCGCCUGGUCCAGGCACCAUAUUCACGCAGGAGCGACACUCCCACUACACCCCUAUUACCGGUCUAUAGCGGAUUACUUCAACGUCUCCCCAUUCCAGAUUGCACCGAAUGGGGUCCAGGCACUGUCCGUGCUGUAUAUUCUCUACUUUCUGCAAGGUUGGGAUGAGCCCACUCCUCAUGAGGUACACUAUUUGUUCGACUUCAAGACUAACCCCAGCCACAAGAACAUGGGCUUCUUUCACCUCUAUCACAGGCAAAAGGGGAUUAAAUACCUUAGUGGUAUCGCACACAAGUCAAACCCCGGAAAAUAUUACAGAGAAUAUUUCCUCACAUCAGACAUCAAGGCCAACAACUUGGCUUUUACACAUGCGGGUCCGUUCCAGCAACCCUUGCCUACUCAAGGGAUGUUCAACCGAGCAGAAACGUUGGCUAACAUGAGUACCGAGGAGAAAGACGUGAAAAGUUUGGUCACUAUAGAUUACCUUCAGAUGGUGGGCCUGAUACCGUGUAACCAAAAUAUGAUGGUGGAAAGUACCACCGGGGAGAACAACACGACUGAUCAGUCCAAUGCGGGCACAGAGGUAGUGACUGACCAGUUUUCUCCUGGGCCAUCUCCGCUUUCUCAUAGACCUGGCGACCUUGUCAUUAGGGAGCCUCAGUCUGAACCUCAGCACAGAUCUGCUAUUCCCGCUCGGUCCGGGAAAGGAAAAGCCAUCCAGAUUGAGAGAGAACUCAGCUCCUCUUCGGACGACGAGGAUGACUUCAUCGAUCAGAUUCUCAACUCAGACCCAGAGAUGUUCAGGCAUUGCAUCGUUCCUCUUGCUCCAAAGAGGAAGUCUGGCGAAGGAAGUGGUCUCACUCCCCCGAGGAAGGUCCCGAGGGCAGUGCCACCGAGCCAGGGGAGACAACCUGAGGGGUCAGUUACGUUCCCGCCAUUGACCCCUUCCUCACUACCUCCAUCAGCGAGCCUAACUCCCCCAGGCCCGUCCGGCCUGAGCGAGGCACUCCGAGCUACUGACACCAAACUCAGGGGGGCAGUUGAUCAGACCCUCCAUGAUGCAUCAAUGAUUCAAGGCUUUGAAUCUUUUCCUCGACUCAGCGUUGAUGUUGUCUUAGAUAGAGGGAUUGCUCAGCUGACAAAUCAGCGAUCAGUCGACUACAAGGAGUUGAUCAAGGUCCUAAAUGAUCAACUCAUGGAGGCUCAAGCGAAAAUGGACGCUCUUCAAUCCAAGCUGGAACAGGCGGAGAAGACUGUGACUGAGCAAAAGGAGUCUCUCAAGGGGUUGGCUGAUGGGAAUGAUCAGCCAACAAAUCCUUAA